CUUUCUCCUACAGACUCUAUUGCAGUCGCUUCCCCACCCCUAAAUUUAUUGUAGGGUCUAUAUUCGGCUAAGCCUCUCCACGUGCCACUAUUUCAUUGGUUAUUCUUCAGAUCUCCCGGGGCCCACCAGAUAGACUUGGACACACUUGACUCGACUACUUUCACAUAAUCACGCUUCCUCACUUCCACACCACACCCCAUUCCCAAACAAAAUAAACACAAAACAGAUCACAGAGAGAGACGUAGAGGGAGCCACCACUCAUGGCUUCCAAGCUCUGCGACUCAUGCAAGUCCGCCACCGCCACCUUGUACUGCCGCCCCGACGCUGCCUUCCUAUGCGGUGCCUGCGAUUCCAAGGUCCACGCCGCCAACAAGCUCGCCUCGCGCCACCCACGCGUUGCGCUCUGCGAGGUAUGCGAGCAGGCGCCCGCGCACGUCACCUGCAAGGCCGACGCCGCCGCGCUCUGCCUCGCCUGCGACCGUGACAUCCACUCCGCCAACCCCCUCGCCAGCCGCCACGAGCGUCUCCCUGUCGCGCCCUUCUACGAGUCCGUACACUCCGUCAAGGCCUCCUCGCCUAUCAACUUUCUCGACGACCACCGCUUCUUCUCCGACGCCGACGCUGAUGUCAGCACCGAGGAGGCCGAGGCCGCGUCCUGGUUGCUACCUAAUCCUAAAACAGAUCUAAAUUCCUCUCAGUACUUGUUCUCCGAAUCCGAGCCCGUUCCUUACAUAGAUCUGGACUAUGCCGUCGCGGAUCCGAAAGCGGAUCCGAAAGGCUCCGCUACCGCCGACGGCGUGGUUCCGGUGCAGAGCAACUACGAGCCGUUCGCCUACGGUUACAAAUACAAUUCCACCACUCUCUCGCAGUCACAGUCUCAGAUGAGCCAAAGUGUAUCGUCGUCGUCGAUGGAGGUUGGAGUUGUGCCGGACGGAAACACGAUGUCGGAGAUAUCGAACUGCAGCUACAGCAAGGUGGCCGCGGUGACAGUGACGGCUCAGUUUUCGGCGGCGGACAGGGAGGCAAGAGUGUUGAGGUACCGGGAGAAAAGGAAGAACCGAAAGUUCGAGAAGACAAUUCGUUACGCUUCGAGAAAAGCGUAUGCAGAAACGAGACCAAGGAUCAAAGGCAGGUUCGCUAAACGUUCUGAUGCGGACCCUCUGGCUGGAUACGGCGUCGUUCCGUCGUGCUGAUUUCGCUUUAUAUAUCUACUAUUUUGUUCGUUGUUUUUGGGUGAAUUUUGGGACCUUUUGCUUAUGUGAGAAGGUGAAAAAAGAAGCGAAGGAAACGAUGAUGGCAAUUGCACUUCCUUUUCGGCUGAUGCUGCUGUGCAGAGUUUCGCAAAUCAAAUUCUGGAAAACAAUUGGUAUUGAACAUGUGAUUAAGAGGUUUCUUUAAUCACAAAUUAUAUUUUAUAGUAUCUUUUAAGUUUAUUUCA